AUGGAUGAUACAUUUAAUAUUACACAUUUAACUGUUAGUGGGUACGUGGAAGUGGCAAAAUACAGAUAUCUUUAUUUCAUGAUUAUGUUCACGGCAUAUAUUCUAAUAAUCUGCUGUAAUUCUACUGUUGUGUGUCUAAUCUGGAUUCACCAAAACCUCCAUGAGCCGAUGUACAUUUUCAUUGUGGCUUUGUUACUGAACUCUGUUCUUUACAGCACUUCUGUUUACCCAAAGCUUCUGAUUGACUUAUUAUCUGAAAAACAGAUCAUAUCGUACUCAGCCUGUCUCCUUCAAUUUUUUCUAUUUUAUUCUUUAAGUGGUUCAGAGUUCUUACUGCUGUCAGCCAUGGCCUAUGACAGGUAUGUGUCUAUAUGUAAACCUCUACAAUAUCCAACUAUCAUGAGCAAAACAAACAUCAGUAUUUUCUUGGUUCUAGCCUGGCUUCUGCCUGCUUGUCAGAUAGCAAUCCCAGCAAUACUGAGUGCUGAAGCUAGACUGUGUGACUUUACUUUAAAAGGAAUAAUUUGUAAUAAUGCAAUUUACAGACUUCAAUGUCAAAGAUCAAGAGUAAUUUCUAUAUAUGGUGUUGUUGCUUUAUUAGAUCUUGCAAUACUCCCUAUGGUCUUCAUAAGUUUUACAUACACAAAGAUCCUUAUAAUAUCCUAUCGAAGUAGCAGAGAAGUCAAGAGAAAAGCUGCAGAGACCUGUUUACCCCACCUGUUGGUCUUAAUCAGUUUGUCCUGUUUGAUUACAUACGAUGUCAUUAUAGCUCGAGUGGAAUCUAACUUUCCCAAAACUGCUCGCUUCAUAAUGACUUUACAAAUAGUUUUGUAUCAUCCUUUGUUUAAUCCGAUUAUAUACGGGCUCAAAAUGAAAGCCAUUUCUAAACAUCUGAAGAAGCUGUUCUGUCCAGCCAAAGUCAUUUCAUGUAACACUGAUGACUGA